CGUGUCACUCUCUAGGAACCCCAUUCUAUAUUGUAGGUUGAUGAAUUCAAGAUUAUAAAACCAUGACAAUCCUUUAUAAUAGCAGCCUCCAAAAAGCUACUUUCUUCCUGACAGGCUUCCAAGGUCUGGAGGAUCUCCAUGGCUGGAUCUCUAUUCCCUUCUGCUCCAUCUACUUGACAGUUAUUGUAGGAAACCUUACCAUCCUCCAUGUGAUCCGUACUGAUGUCACCCUCCAUGAACCUAUGUACUAUUUCUUGGCCAUGCUGGCCCUCACAGACUUGGGCCUUUGCCUUUCUACAUUGCCCACUGUGCUGGGCAUCUUCUGGUUUGAUGCCAGAGAGAUUGGUAUCCCCGCCUGCUUCACUCAGCUCUUCUUCAUCCACACCUUGUCUCUUGUGGAGUCUUCAGUUCUAUUGUCCAUGUCCAUUGACCGUUAUGUGGCCAUCUGCAACCCGCUGCAUUACUCCACAGUCUUGACCCCAGGACGUAUUGUCAAGAUGGGGCUGAGCUCGGUGCUUCGGAGUGCCCUGCUCAUCCUCCCCCUGCCCUUUCUCCUGAAGCGCUUCCAGUACUGCCGCUCGCACGUGCUGGCCCAUGCCUAUUGUCUGCACCUAGAGAUCAUGAAGCUGGCGUGUUCCAGCAUCAUUGUCAACCAUGUCUAUGGGCUCUUUGUUGUGGCCUGCACCGUGGGGGUGGACUCAUUGCUUAUCUUUCUCUCCUAUGCCCUUAUCCUCCGCACCGUACUAAGCAUUGCCUCCCGCCAGGAGCGACUUCGGGCCCUCAACACCUGUGCCUCUCACAUAUGUGCCGUGCUACUCUUCUACAUCCCCAUGAUUGGCUUGUCUCUAGUGCACCGCUUUGGUGAACAUCUGCCCCACACGGUACACCUCCUCAUGUCUUAUGUGUAUCUGCUGGUACCGCCUCUCAUGAACCCCAUUGUCUACAGCAUCAAGACCAAGCAAAUCCGCCAACGCAUCGCUAAGAAGUUUGAGUUUAUAAAAUCACUUAGGUGUUUUCAGCAGGGUUAGGUUAGGAUGAAUGAAGGAAGGAAGUUUGGAACAUGAACCCCAUAGAUGUUUUCGGUUUCAGCUAUGCUG